AUGGCCUCUCCCCACGCAGGUAGUGCCCCCCCGGGCGUGGACCCGGAGGCUGCCUCCUGGUUCCAGGCGGUCGAUGCUGACCGCAGUGGGUACAUCUCCGUGAAGGAGCUGAAGCAGGCGCUGGUCAACUCCAACUGGUCGACGUUCAACGACGAGACCUGCCUGCUGAUGAUAAACAUGUUCGAUAAGACCAGGUCGGGACACAUAGACGUGUACGGCUUCUCAGCCUUGCUGCGCUUCAUCCAUCAGUGGAAGAACCUCUUCCAGCAGUACGACAGGGACCAGUCGGGCUCCAUCAGCUUCAACGAGCUCCAACAAGCUUUCUCCCAGAUGGGCUAUAACCUGAGCCCCCAGUUUAGCCAGCUGCUGCUGGCCCGCUACGCCCAGCGGUCCUCCAACCCCAGCAUCCAGCUCGACCGCUUCAUUCAGAUCUGCAUGCAGCUCCAGAGCACGACCGACGCCUUCCGCGAGAAGGACACGGGGCUGGUGGGCAACGUGCGGCUGAGCUACGAGGACUUCCUCACGAUGGUCGUGACUCGUAUGAUGUGACGCCCUCGGCCGAGGGCUGCGAGCCAGCCGGGGGCUCUCGGGAAGCAGCAGCCAUCUUCGGCCUCGCGCUGGGAUGUGGCCGAGCCUCCCGAAGAGCGAGCUGUUUCCCCGGGGCUGGCUUUCCAGCCUGCUCCACCCGAGAAGCCCCGAGCCCUGCUGGGGCCCUCCCGGCUUUGAUUCCUUGUCCCCACUCAAUGGCAGUGGGUGCCUCCACGCCAAAUUGGAGCCCGGUUCUGGGGCCGUGCCGCGGGGUGGGACAGCCCAACCAGUAGUGAGCCUGUGCCAUGCCUCCCAGGGAGUGCUUAGAUCUUCCCUCGCCAGACACAAAAUUAUACUUAAACCCCAUCUGCACUGUCCCUCUGCUUGGCGGGAUGUCUGCAGUGGAACAUCCCUGUCUUGGCACGCUUUUGGGGACUCUCCGGUGACCAAAAGCUGAGCCUUCAUUUGAAAAGCAGCAAGAAGGGCACAAGCCACGGCAGCGCUUGUGGCCGGCUGCGCUCAUCCUUGCUUGCCUCGCAGACGGCCCUUCCUUGCCGGGAGCACGUCCAGCCUCUCGGCUGUGCUGGAAAUGCUCCAGCUUUCCUGGGGGUGUGAGCCCUGUUUCUCUCCGGGCUGCUGGAACGGGCCACGUUGCUGUAGUCACACGCGGGAUCAUCGACCUCCCCUUGUUGCCAAUGUCUGUUUUGAUUCAUCUCUGUCUGCCAAAGCCGAACUCGGAAACGGUUUAGAGCUUAUUUUUACAGCUUUUGAAUAAAAGGCAAUGUGCACCGGC